CCUUGCAAGCGGGCAGUGAAAAUCGGGACGUGAUCGGUUGUGGUGGCGUGAAGGAGUAUAAAUAAAUCCCUGUCCCCAUGGCGGUAAGAACUCGAGAUAGCCUCGUAUGUGAUGAUUCUCCGCUUUGCAAUGGCUGCCAUAGAUCCGUUAGAUCCGAAUGAAGAAUGAACAUUAUAAAGCCUAUGGAAGUCAUGUUGCCGGUAACGUCGCAUUUACGAUUACCAACAGAACGCGCCACUGAUGGCACGCGCUCGAGUUGGCUCCAGAAUUGGGAAUUCUGUUCGUGUAUGUGCCCUUGGGGCCCGAAAGCAAUACCUUUUGCACCGUGGUUUUUCGAAGGGUUAAUUUUCGCCUGUAGGGAGAGUAGUUAAUCGCUUUAUGGGAUUCGAAUGCGAAUGACAUGCGCUGGGAAGUGACGUUUGAUGGGCUAGGAGCAAACCAGACUGCAUGUUGGGUAUGUAUCGUACGGAGUAUUGGAUUUAUCAAUAGAUCUAUCUUACCAACCCCAUCUUUCGAUUAUCCUCUGGACCUGCACUAGCUGGAAUAAGGCUAAGUAGCAUGCGUUAGCCGCCGUUCAUAUGGCCCGGCCUUGGUCGCAGGAGGGUAAGUGCACGGUAAUGGUGGCAUCAGAUGCAGAUCUUGACCUGUCAGUUGCAGGAUCUGCGGAGAUCCCGUGUUGAUAUCGUAUUGAGAUUCCUUAUCAAAAUCGCAAAGCCGCCGAUCGCUGGGUGAGGGGCUCGAAUGAUGAUUCCCUUGGCUGUUGCCUCGGGGUUUUCUAGAUGGAUUCUCUCUGGAUGCAGUCCGGCAGUUCGAACGUCUAUGUCGAUACCUGAUUUAAGAUUUUGGCCAGAGUUUGCCUCAGGACAUGGUAAAUUGUUCCGGAAAAAAUGUAUUUACUAUGCCCAGGCGCAACAUCUCGAUGGGUAAUAGCGGUCUCCGAUUUGAUUCAAGCGGCUAAAUUGCAUCAAAAGCGAUCUCUAGCUCAUCCUCUAAGCUUUGAAGGUCGUUGUCCCGUCGCUAAGGCUGAGCGCUGAGCUUGUGGCUAGAAUAGUUAGUUACCGGAUUUCACCGGGCUCAUGGAGCAUGCGCAAAAUCUAUCGUUGCCUUCAUUGCUGCACUUGUAGACAUAGAAGAAGCUGCUCUUAUCUGUAUUGCUCGUCCUCUUGUCUUGUGACUAGCACGUUUUCUUUCUGUCCGCGUACUUUCAUUCGCGGAUCCAGUGGGAAUGUCUCUUGACCUCGUUUCCUUCAAAUCGUUACUACAUAUUCGAUGCGAUGGGUGUUCUAUCAGCAUCAUGCCGGAGUCAUCGCAUAUUGAAUGAAUCGAUGUUUCAAAGACGACUUUCGGAUGAACAGUCAAACUGUUUUCUCAAGUUGUAGACGAAGAGGCGGCGGGGGAAAAAAGCCCCUUGCCGUAUAUUUCGUGAAUUCGGUCAAUGGACCUGAUCCGCAUGGUCGCAAAAGGAUGGCCAAGUCAUCCGGGAGCAGCUUUCUUAAACCAACGAGUCAGUAACAUGCGGAUAACUUUCUAGUUGCGGAAUAUGAUGAGCUGUCGCUGCUGAAAUGCUUACUGGUUAAGGAUUUCAAGAAAAUUCAGACAAGGAAAAUUCUUUCGAGUUCAUCAAUUUAUUCAUGACCUUUCUUUGUAAACAAAAAGGAUCGCUUCGAUAACUACCGUUUUUCUUGUUGACAGAUUUAUGAAGGCUGCAUGGUUUCUUUAACCUGAACCUUGCUAGCCAAGCAUGAAACUCAACUGAAGAGCGGAGGAGUAAUCUUCGGAAAUUGGUUAGUUAUCUAUUCCAGACCAGAUCUUAACAGAAAGAAUAGUUCAGUUAGUGGGACCUGGUCAGCUCUUCAUGUUAAUCAACAAGGAUGUUCGGCUUUUUGACGUUCCUAUCAGUUAUCCAAGGUGUUCUUGGAGGGAACUCCCAGCUUUAAAAACUCUUUCUUCGCGAAAUAUGAAGUAGAUGCUUCAUUGACCGUAUCCCGGCCCCCAAGCUUGAUCGCAGUUCACACCAAUUGGAGUAAAAGACAGGUCCCUUUGUCGAACUGACGGGUCCUCUUGUAUAAGAGAGUGCUUGUUAUGUUGGCCAACUCAUUCUUGCUUCAACCAACUAGGCGUUGGAAGGUAAGUAAAGAACAUUCGCACCGGGGACUUUUUCUUUGUUUUAACCAAUGGGGCCUGGCAUUGUACUGUCCUGGCUGGGAAGAAGAGAAACAAGUAGGACGGCUCAAAUACAUCGAUAAGCACUGUAGUCUCCCUUUGAAUAAUGUACUAUGUAUAUGCGAGUAUUAUUUAUAUGCGAGUGGAAGUCCUCAAUUUGAAAUACAUCGCCAGGUACUUUUAUAUCAACGUAUAUUAAGACUUGCAAUAUCCUUUACUUUCCACCGUAUACCUGUGGUAACAACACAAGAUCUCUCCGCGAUCCCUGACAUUAUAUUCGGUUAUUAAGGCACAAAUUUAAUUACCGACAAGGUCUCCGACUGGCGCCCGCAGUUGAAACCGUUUGCUGCUUGCUCAUCUCUAAGGGAAAGUAUUGUCAUUGUCGAAAGUCGCGUAAAAAUGCCAAUGUUUGGCAAUAUCGAACAACUAAGAGCGUCUCGGAGGCGCGAAGCACAGCUGACGAAUAGGGAGCUCCAAGAUGAGGUGGCAGCUAAUUGUCGCCUCAGCAGGCUGCCAGCCGACAUAAAAAUCCAUAUCCUCGCAUUCGCGGACAUUUCAGGCAUUAGGACUUUGCUGCGAUACCUCCCUCUCUCCGCAACAAGCUUCCAACGAUUGUUCGAUGAGCGCAAACGAGCAAUUCUAGCAGCCAUAGUUCAGGAGAAACUGUCGUGGGAAUGGAGCAUCAUAGCUGGUAGCGACCCGUAUGUCCCAUUAGCAUCGCUUAAACCUAGAUACUUCAACCAAAUCGCACUGGUGGUCUGCGCGCAUUUCGACCACACCAGGUUCGGAGAAAUGAAGCCAGGAACCGGCUUUAGAUGGCUUCCGACUGGACAAGAUUUCCCUAAUACCCUGCAAGAUCUGCGGAUGAAGAUAUAUAAAAACGCCACACGUAACGCAUUCGACCUGCUUGAAUUGCUUGAGGAGGUACAGAAAGAGAUGAAGGCCAGAGAGAAGGUCACCCUGGAGCACUGGAAGAAAACCUCCGGAGAUCAACGACGAGAAAGUUGGAUUGUUUCUUGGGGUAGGAACAACCUGUAUAGGGCCUUACUCAUCGAGUGGAAGCUGCAACUCCCCGACAUCUCAAAGCCGGCUGAUGUUACGCAUGCUCCAGACACUCGCGGAAUUAAACUAAAUAGUCCGGCGAGCCAAGCAGUACGUUCCCGAUUGACAUACGAGGAAUGGACGACUCUGGUGGAUCUCAUGGAAGCCAGAGCCUCGCAUCGCAGCCGGAAAAUAGAAACUGUCAAGCCUGAGAAGCCAUCGGCGCCGAGGGAAGAAAUGUGGGGAAUUUUCCUUGCUCAGUUGGAAGAAGCUCAAUCGAAUCUUAUUUCUAGUUUGGAAAAAGGGAUAUCAGCUCUUCCUUGCUUUCUGGAUAUCUCACCCUAGGAACGCAUAUAUUUGGAUAAAAAGUUUCCAUCGCCGCGAUGAACGACCCAGGAGAAAAAUGUACCUUUGUUCAUGGAGUUAGGAGGCGGAGGUAUAGUUUGCCUACUUAAGAUAUGUAGUUUAAAUAUUUGACCCAAGCCUGAAGGUUAUGGCCAUAG